GCCAAUAAGUUGGAUACGAUUUAAGUAUCUCUCAAGCGUUGGUUGUGUGUGGUUCUCUUUCCUUAUCCCAACCCCCUAUUUUUUAUCUCUUCUAUAUAUAUAAACGACGUGUAUUAUCCUCUUCACAAACUUUCUUAAUCCUAUAUUUUGUGUAACACACAAGCAUGUCUGAUCAAGUAAAUGGCUUGCAACAUAACCAAGAAUGGCCAGAGCUACAGCUUCCAGACUUGUUACAUAGUAGUGAGACUCUUCGACAAGUUCAUGCAACAAUUGAAAAGGAAUGGGAUUUCCUUCAACGGUCAGCUUGUCAAACGGCGGCUGGAAGGGCUAUGUGGAAGCAUGUGAUCCAUGAUCCACUUGCUGCUUUACUGGCAGGGGAGAAUUAUUUGAGAAACCUUCAUGAAAAGAUGAUGAAAGACCGUCUCAACAAUGCUCAUGAAACUUCUGGAGUGAUCCUUGCAGUUCGAACCCUUUGGUUUGAUUCUAGACUUGAAGAUUUUCUCAACUCCCCUAAUGGCAGAGAAGCACAGGUUGUUCUCCUAGGUGCAGGAAUGGACACAAGAGCAUAUCGUUUGAAUUGCUUAAAGGACAGUGAUGUCUUUGAGGUUGAUUUUGCAGAAGUCUUGGAGGUGAAAACCACUAUUCUGCAAGCAGCUAAGGAAUCCACAUUCGAUUCGCAACAUAGUAUGUCCAAAGCAAAAUCAUUAACUAGAGUAGCAGCAGACAUAAGAGAAAAUGAUUGGAUGGAAAAGCUUCAGAUUGCAGGUUUCUUGCCACAAAAGAGCACAGUUUGGAUUCUAGAAGGUAUCUUGUACUACCUCGCCCAAUCCAACGCCAUGCAACUGCUGAGGAUUUUAGCUAGCAAUUGUGUCUUAACCCACACAGUCAUCUUAGCAGACUUCAUGAAUAAGUCGUCGACCACACUAUCCAAUUCAGUAUUCCAAUUUUACAGUGAUUGGCCGGACCAACUUUUACCAUCUAUUGGCUUCACUCAGGUAAAACUUGCACAAAUUGGAGACCCAGAUGCUCAUUUUGGCCUCUUGAAUGAUCCGUUAAAUCUCUUCAACAAGCUCCGCAGCUUGCCUAGGUCAUUACAAACCAAUCCAGACGACGGAGCACCCUGCUGUCGCUUGUACUUGGUGGAAGCUUCUGGUUCACCCGAUCAAAAUUCUGCGCAUAAUAAGGAGUCGGUCAUUCAGUCUUGAUACGUAGAAUAGCAAAUGGAGAUUACAUACUACAUUUCAAUGGCUAAUUCUUCCAGAAUUGUUGGUCCACUAGUAAACUUGCUACACUAUUGGCAAAAAUGCUAGAGGGGCAAAAUGGCUUAUUUAUGUUUUAUACAAGAGGGGCAAAAUAGCUACAGACAAGCAAUUGACCUAAAUUAUUUGAACCUUAUUUUUGUCUUGAUGAAAUGAUUUUACGCUUCUAUUACACGAUGAAGAAUAUCAUAGAUAAAUAAUAGUACAAGAAAAAAAAACAUCAAGUUUCAAUUGUCAUU